AUGGAAAACGAAUCUACAGUAAAUGAAUUCAUUCUCUUGGGAUUUGCAGAUACUCGAGAGCUACAGAUUUUACAUUUUGUGGUGUUUCUGUCCAUUUACUUGGCUGCCUUGAUUGCAAAUGUACUCAUUUUCCUAACUAUAACUUAUGAUCAUCAUCUGCAUAGCCCCAUGUAUUUUUUCUUGACCAAUUUAUCUUUGGUAGAUCUUUGUUUCAUCUCUGCAACUGUUCCUAAAUCUAUGGCUAUCUCAUUGACAAAUGACAGAAGAAUUUCCUUUUCUAAAUGUGCUUCCCAAGUGUUUCUAGUUAUCACAUCUGCAGGGGCUGAGCUGUCCUUUAUUACUGUCAUGGCAUAUGACCGCUAUGUGGCAAUUUGCCACCCUUUACAAUAUAUGAGAAUCAUGAACUUGAAUUUGUGUCUCCAAAUGGCAUCUGCCUCUUGGAUCUGUGCUAUAGUGCAUGCACUAGUGCAGACUAUAAGCACAUUCAGUUUACACUUUUGUACUUCAAAUAUUAAACAAUUUUUCUGUGAUAUGUCCCAAUUAUGGAGGAUUUCAUGCACAGAUGCAAUACUGAAUAAGUGGCUUACUUUUGCUGUUGGAAUAACAGUAAACCCUUUUUGUUUUUUCUUUAUAUUGAUAUCUUAUUGGUUUAUCUUCUCAGCAGUAUUUAAGAUUCGAUCAUCCCAAGGCAGGCGUAAAGUCUUCUCUACCUGCACUCCACAUUUGACUGUCUUCUGUUUAUUUUUUUCAACUGCUAUGUUUUCAUACUUUAGACCACCGGCCUUAUCCUCAACUUCUUCAGAUUUAUUGUCUGCUUUCUUGUAUGCUGUUUUGCCACCAGUCAUGAAUCCUAUCAUUUAUAGUCUUAGAAACAAAGAUAUCCAUCAAGCUGCACAAAAGAUGUUCAGAUAUCUAUCAGGCUACAUGGAAGAUGUUUACAGAAUUAUUUCAAACACCCUUUCCCCAAAGUUUCAAAUGUUCAGCAAAGAAAAAGCAAUGGCAUGA